CCGCCUCCUGGGGAAUUCCCCGGCAGCGUUGUGAGAAAAUAGGGAUUAGCUGGAGCGGAGAAUUCGAGUGUUUUUGUUGGUUGAAGAUCAUCUUGGAGGACUUUCAGCGGAAACUCGGUCGCUUUUUUGGAAUAAGAGCUCUGUGGGGCCGCUGAGCUCCAGCCCGCUGCCGAUGGAGCCGCAGGCCGCCAUGGAGGAGCCUUCAGAGAGCCAGGAGUUCGCUGAGCUGUGGCUGCAGAACCUCAUGGGGCAGACACCUGAAAAUAGUCCAUGGGGAAACGAAGAGUUCCCUGAGGAUCUUCAGAGCAUGCUGGAUCAGCCUCUGUUCGGUGAAGUUUCGGCCGAGCCCCCCCAGCCGUCCACGUCCCCGCCUGCCCCCACCGUUCCCGUGGCGACCGACUAUCCCGGAGCUCACGGCUUCACGCUGCGCUUCCAGCAGUCCGGCACGGCCAAGAGCGUCACCUGCACCUUUUCUCCUGAGCUCAAUAAGCUGUAUUGUCAGCUUGCAAAAACGUGUCCGGUGCAGAUGGAGGUCAACUCCCCUCCUCCACCGGGGGCAGUGUUGAGGGCCACAGCGGUGUAUAAGAAAGCGGAGCACGUGGCAGAGGUGGUCCGCCGCUGCCCCCACCACGAGAGGACACCCGAGAACAAUGACGGCCUGACUCCUCCUGGUCAUCUGCUGCGUGUGGAGGGAAACCCCCGGGCGCAGUAUCAGGAGGAUGAUAACACUCUCCGCCACAGCGUGCUGGUGCCCUACGAACCCCCACAGGUUGGGUCGGAGUACACAACAGUGCUGUACAACUAUAUGUGUAACAGCAGCUGUAUGGGUGGGAUGAAUCGGAGACCCAUCCUCACCAUCGUCACCUUGGAAACUCAGGAUGGUCAGCUGCUGGGCCGGCGCUCGUUUGAGGUGCGUGUCUGUGCGUGUCCGGGUCGGGACAGGAAGACGGAGGAGAGUAACUUCAGGAAAUUGCAGGAGGCCAAAAAUACCAACAAAACACCGGCUACCAACAAACGCUCCCUGAAGGAGCCGACCUCCCGCCCUGAGGCCAGCAAGAAGGCCAAGACCAGCAGCAGCAGUGAUGAGGAGAUCUACACGCUGCAGGUUAGAGGUCGAGAGCGUUAUGAACUUCUAAAGAAGAUUAAUGAUGGUCUGGAGCUCAGUGAUGUGGUGCCCCCUGCUGACGCUGAGAAGUACCGCCAGAAACUUCACUCUAAGAGCUCGAGGAAAGAGCGAGACGGAGCUCCUGAACCGAAACGAGGGAAGAAGCUGCUGGUGAAGGAGGAGAAGAGUGACUCGGACUGAGAGAGAGAGAGAGGGGCUCAUUCUUUUUAAUGUCCUUUUAUUUUCGUUCAAGAUUUACUUGCUUUUGGGGGAGGGGGGGGUGGGUGGGUCAUUUUUUGACCUUUUUUAAUAACUCGUCAUCAGUUCCAUUCAUUACGGUUGGUGUUGCGUUAUUAAACACUGCAAAACUGUCUGCAAAAACUGGACCAUAGUGACCAUAUCCGUUCCUGCUGGGUGUGUGUGAGGAUGAUACAGUGGUCAGACUGUGUUUAGUGGUUUAGUGGCAGAUUCACUACGUUAUUACAGGUCGGUCAGUGCUGGUCACUGAAUCUGCUAAACUGUCCGGAAUGAUCUUUAAUUAAAACUCCAUGCUGGUCUUUAUCUCCUGUAUCUGUACCAUCGGUUAGCACCAACAGCAGCUUCAGCACGUCGCCAUGAACACGUUUAUAAACCCGUUUAUAACAGACGUCUGUGAGCAGAUGCCUUUUCUGGUUUCCAUGGCGAUCAGGAGGCAGAGGCUGUGAAAAAUUAUAGAUUUAUAAACACUUGAUAAACACUUUCAUCUGACUCUGACUUUCAUCUACCAAAACAAACAAAUCUCACUGACACGGUUCAGCAUCUGUUCACUGGCUACUGUUAUGAGUUUGAUGCUUGUAGGUCAUUAAUUACGUUCAUUAAAAUGUAUUGAAAUCGUGCAGUAAGUGAGAUUAUACAUUUUGAAAUACUUCCUAAAAAUACCCUUUUUAAUUUGGCAGCCCUGCUGGAGCCUUUUGAAUAUUUUGCAGUUUUUUUCUGUAUUUUAUGUCCUUCGUUAGUUAAUUUUAAAGCUGAUUAACCUGCCAAUGACGAGUAAACCAGUAAACACGAUAAGCUAAAACGAUUCAGAGUGAAAUGCAGUCUCGUGUGCAGUGAAUAAAAACGUUUUAUUGAUCAGCAGCCGACCCUGUUCACCCCAGACCGCCUCUGCAGCCGUUCACCUGUCAGUCAAUCAGUAUCCGAUUAAUGCACAGCCAUAAUUACAGCUGACUCUGGUUAGUUUGUUCUCACUGCUUGGUUCGAUGACGUGAUUGUUAAAUAAUCGAUCUGUAUCAUAGAUCGGCUGAUCGACAGACACUGUGGGGGUUUUGUUCUUUGUUUUUUGUAUAACUUGAAUGGUUCUUCAUUAUGGUGCAUUAAAGAAAAACUCAGGGCACCAAGAUCCAUCCUGAUAUUCUUGAUACAUUUGUCCUUUUUUUUACAUAUAUAUAUUUCUUCUCCAUAUAAAGUGCUGUUCGGUUGUUAUUUUUUACUCGGUCAUGAACAGCCUUUAGUUUUUCAUUUAUCUACAUUUAUCGCAUUUAUCUACAAAUGUAGUUCACUGUAGCCUUUCUCUGUCUUUUUGGAAAAAAAAGAAAAUGUAAUAAAAAUAAAUUCUUGAAUAA